AGAGAAGCUGGAUGGCGCAGUCUGACCCAGGAUCUCGUCCCCUGGUGGAGGAUUUUGUACGGUAUAAGCUUUACCAGCGUGGGUUAAUUUCUGAGCCCGUCGGAGGAGCCUCCUGUGCGCUGCAUUCUGCCAUGCGCGCCGCAGGGGAUGAGUUUGAAGAACGUUUCCGUCAGGCAUUCAGUGAGAUCUCCACACAGAUUCACGUGACACCUGGUACCGCGUACACACGCUUUGCGGAGGUGGCAGGUGGCCUUUUUCAAGGUGGGGUGAACUGGGGCCGAGUGGUGGCCUUCUUUGUGUUUGGAGCUGCUCUUUGUGCCGAAAGUGUCAAUAAAGAGAUGGACCGUCUUCUGCCACAGAUCCAAGACUGGAUGGUGAUGUAUCUAGAGACACACCUGAGAGAAUGGAUGCAGAGCAAUGGGGGAUGGAACGGGUUCCUGGCUUUAUAUGGAGACGGUGCUAUAGAAGAGGCUCGGAGACAGCGUGAAGGGAACUGGGCGUCACUGAAGACUGUACUGACAGGGGCUGUUGCCCUGGGAGCUUUGAUGACCGAGCUGGAGGCCAUCAAGGCUCGCGUGCGGGAAAUGGAGGAAGAGGCAGAGAAGCUGAAGGAGUUACAGAAUGAAGUUGAGAAACAGAUGAACAUGAGCCCCCCGCCAGGCAAUGCUGGACCGGUCAUCAUGUCUGUGGAAGAAAAAAUGGAAGCUGAUGCUCGUUCCAUAUACGUUGGGAAUGUUGACUACGGGGCGACUGCUGAAGAGCUCGAGGCUCAUUUCCAUGGCUGUGGCUCUGUGAAUAGGGUGACCAUUUUGUGUGACAAGUAUACAGGUCAUCCAAAGGGGUUUGCAUAUAUUGAAUUCUCAGACAAGGAAUCUGUAAGAACAUCGAUGGCGCUAGACGAGUCUCUUUUCAGAGGGCGACAAAUAAAGGUGGUUCCCAAACGGACAAACAGACCGGGCAUCAGUACAACAGACAGAGGCUUUCCACGCGCCCGAUACCGAGCCAGGGCUGCUUCGUACAGCUCCCGUUCGCGCUUCUACAGCGGUUACACUGCUAGACCCAGAGGGCGAGUGUACAGGAGUCGGGCUCGAGUGACAUCAUGGUAUUCUCCUUACUAAAAAUGUAACUUUAGGAAGACCUGAAAGGGGGAAAACAAAAAAAGAAAAAAAAGAAGACUGGAAAAAAAAUUAAGUUAAUAUGGGUCCACCCUCUUGUGCUUCUGCUGUCCAUGUCUGUUCUUCAAGCACUGCAUAGAGAGGGUUGUGGUAGGGCAGCAAUGUGAUGCCAAGUAUGUGGUGGAAAUGAUGGGCUGUCCUAGUGUGAGGGGGGGGGGGUGUACAGCUUUUCCAUGAGUCCUUCUGGGGUGGUAAUACCUCCAGGUGGGGAUUUCAGGAUGUCACUUAUGUGUAUUGGGGGGUUCCCAUCUUGUGUGGGAGGGUGAUGUCUGCUUAAACAUCCUGCUGUUUCUCCUCCCUCCCCCCUUUUUUUUUUUUCUCCCCUCCCCUGUUUUUGCGUGUUUUUAUCUUUGCAGGUUUCUUUCUAUGGGAGAAGCUUGUUUUCCGGAGACACUCGGCUGCCCAUUACACAACAGCCUUUACUUUACUUUUUAUUCUGGCUCAAGUUUCCUGCAUUCUUUUGGAAGACAAGAGCUGGGAGAUUAUUUUUUUUUUUUUGGUUUUUAGUUAUGAAGUCAGAAGGACUUAUUAUUUUUAUAAUAGUGUAUGGCAGAGAGGGUCAUAAGAAAAAAUAAAAAAAAAAGAUUUUGGAAAA